AUGCCGCGAGUCCACGCGCCGUGCGACAAGAACCGGCCGACGGCGGGGUUCGAUCAGUUCGAGCUGCGCGGCGGACAGAUGAUCGUCGGUUGCAAGUGUACCCGGAACGACGGGAUGCAGCACGAGUGCUUGCGAACCAAGUGCAUGGGCCGACCGCCGUGCCUGACGUUUCCCGUGGCCACCUGCGCGCCCAGUCAACCGUGCCCGUUAGCGGACAACGGCGGCGGCGGCGGCGGCGGCGGCGGCUCGUGGACGGGGGCAGAACGGCCACCGGUGAACAGACGACCUGGGGCGGCGGCUGACGAGGAUCGCGACCGUUCGCGAGCCGCCACUGCUGCCGCGCGUCGCCUACGUCGUAGGGCCGUCGACCAAUACGACGACCGGCCGGCGUUCAGAGCGCUGUUCGAACCGUGUCGGGUGCACGCCAGAAAACCCAAGGCCGAUUGCCGCCCGCCAGCCACCGACGGCGCCACUAAACGUCAAUAA